AUGCCACAUCUUCAUCCAUUCCAAGAUUCGUUUUGGGCUCCUACAGCGUCCAACGAUUACAACAUUGGAUACUCAGUCCUGCAUAGUAAACUCAAGCAAUCUACGGCCGAAAAUAAAGUUAUUGUAGAUUACAUUAAGCAACGAAUCAAUGCCGAGAAGAAUCAUGCUACAUUGCUAGCGAGUAUUGUCGCUCCUACUACACCUUUCGAGAGUGAUGUUGGCGGCGCGCUCAAGAAAUGCUUCGAAGUUGUAUGCGCAGAGAGUCAGGAUUCAGCCAAGGAACAUACAAGCAGAGCCAACGACCUAAACACUACGACAUUGGAUCCCUUGGUACAGUUUUUCAACAGAUACGACCGCAUCAUCACUCAAGCCAAGAAGACAGUCGAAUCUCAAAUCAAUCAGUUCGAUGUGGCAUGCAAACUUAUGGAGGAAGCCAAGCUAUUCUAUGUAAAUCGAUGUAAAACCCUGUUGGCUGUCCAGCCUGACUACACAGAUGUGAAAAUGGGAAAGGCACUGCAAUUCCCAACACGUGAUCAUGCUUGGGUUUGGUUCACAGAUCUGUUCAAGGAAGAAGAAUACACUAAAGAGCAACUCCAGGAUCUGCUAAAAGAUAUGGUCUCCGACGAAGAAAUUGUAAUCAAAAGCCUGCUGGAUAUUCAAUUCUUGAAACUGGAGGAUAACAAGUAUAUCAAGCAACAAAGUCUGAUUGCUUCUGAUGAGACAGACAACACAGUAGUAUCGGAAAGCAAAGGAUUCUCUGGAUUUCUGGGUAGAUGGGGCGGUCAACAACAAGCCAAGAAAGAAGAUAUGCUCUUCGACAUGAUGGAGGCAGACAAAGCGUAUCAACGAUCAGUGACUCAAGCAGAGCUUUUACGAACACAAACUGAACAAGUGCUAUAUGUUCAUUAUGAAGAGAUGGAAAGUUUGGAAUUGGAAAGAAUUCAAACGAUUAAGCAAGCAUUUAUUAGUAUGGCGGCCUCGUUAUCAAAUACAAUUCCUAGAUGCAAAGAGACAUUCGAUAAUAUGAUGCUUUACCAAGAGACGUUGAAGCCAGACAAAGAUGUGCAGUUUAUUGUUGAACAAUACAGAACAGGGCAAUACUGCCCGAAACCUAUCCUAUACGAAAAUUACUUUCACAGUGUUGCUGCAGAUCAACUUUUUGGCGUUUCACUAGAAGAAAUUGCAAGAGUACAAGGUACAAUGGUACCACGACUGAUCACUGUAGGUUUAUCUGUGAUUGAAUCAGGCUUCUCAAAAUUGUACGAUGAGGAAAAGAAUGUUGUCUGGACAGCCAGUUUGCCAUUAGACAGAGUGCAUGCAGCGCGAGCAGAGAUCAAUACUAGCAAGCCAAUUACAUGUGAGUCUCUGCAGAAGUUUGACCUCCUGUUGCUAGCGUCUCUACUUCGACUCUACUUGUUGGAGCUACCCGAAUGUUUGUUUACAUUUGAAUUAUAUGAGCCAUGCAAAUUAUUGUACUCGAAUCAGAAUCAAGAUACGGACAGUCGGUUAAUGUCGAUCAGCAAGCUAUUGGCGACAUUACCAACAGCCAAUUAUCACACAGCGAUGGCGCUGUUGGGCCACUUUCAUAAGCUUGUAAAGCAAAUAACCACGGAUACCCAAUUCACAUCAUCGUCAUUAGCCAAAUCAUUCAGUUAUAUUCUCAUGAGACCUCACACUGAAUCAAAAAUCAGCAUUCACGAAAAACAUCCUCAGCGUUUGCUAUAUGACUUGAUUGAGAACUUUGAUGCUAUUUUUACCCAAGAAUCACACUAUGCCCAGGAAAAGAACUCGUCGAGACCAUCCAUCAUUAUACCCAAGGAGAAAGAAGCAGCAGAUCCCAUUGCAAAGAAGAAGUCCAACUCGCUGGAUGAAAGCAGCAGCAACAAUAGUAGCAGUGCAAGCCCAAGCGCAAGAACUAGCACAUCGUCUUACAAUGUCACUAGGAGGUCGUCCAUACUCUCCUCAUUCAUGCGCAGCAGUCAAUCUACGCCUACUUCUGCUAUGAAAUCCAAACCGCCACUGAUCAUCCCCAUGCCAUCAUCCAGUACGCUAUUCGAGGACCCUGAUGAAAUUGAGCGAUCCUCAGAGUCAACGGUAGUAACCACACCUCCGCAUACAACGUCUUCCUCUAUUGAGCCUCAUCACAAAUCAGUGCAGCUGGACGAUAGUUACAUGAUGGAGGAACUGGCAAGUCUAGAUUCCUUUUUUGAAGACGAGGAUUAG